AGUCAUUUUUUUUAAAAGAUCUUAAUUAUACAGUUUGAUCUCAACUUCAUCACAGUGAGACAAAAAUGGCAAACGUAACAGUUGGAGCUACCUUGUUAUUUGAAAACAUUACAACUAAUGCUUCUACCAUAGUUGAUGAUUUCGAUACAUCAGUGUACAAUGACGUUGAAAAAUAUUUGUGGAUAAUAUUCUCACCUUUAUUCCUGAUGAUCGGACUUGUAGGAAAUCUUCUCAACAUAUGCGUACUUUUGAGACUCAAAUUUUAUAAGAAUGCAACAUACACAUUGCUGUUUAUUCUUGCAUUUACAGAUUUGACUGUUUUGUUUAUUGGACUUACACGUUACUUGAUUAAAUAUGCAUCUAGUAUUGACAUUAGGGUACUUUCCGAAUUCAGUUGCAGGUUUAGUUUGUUUCUUAUUUACUUUUCCAUGCAGUUUUCCUCGUGGAUAUUAGUCCUAGUGACAGUCAUUCGUUUUAUGAAGACAUUUGUACCUCUACGCAGAACAGCCUCAAAGGACAUCACGAUCAAAAACACUUUGGUUAUACUUUUGAUUGCCGCUAUCGUGUUAAUUGGAAUAAACCUGCAUUUCUUUGGGACAAAUGGCAUAACCGACAAAGGUAAAUGUUCUUCGCUAACACCUGGGUACCUUGAAUUUGACGAAAAAGUAUUUGUGUACAUCGACUUUGUAUCUCUCUCAAUUCUACCAGCUGGAAUUAUGAUUGUACUAAACGCUUUGAUAUGCUAUGAACUCAGCAAACUAACAAAAACUCGCAGAAGAAUGUCAAUACAGACAGGAAUGAGCCCACUAAGGAGACAGAAAUCAACAAAACGAGUGACAUGGAUGUUGCUCGUUACGACCUCAUAUUUCAUCGUAGCAACAAUUCCGAUCUCUAUCUAUUUUAUUGUAGAUUCUUAUGUAAGACCUGGCGCCGACGCCUCGACAAAAAGCCGCCUAGACAUAGCUUGGACAAUCACUUACCUCUUCCAGUAUUCUCAUUUUGCGCUAAACUUUUAUCUUUAUACAGCGACUAAUGAAAAAUUCAGAAAAGAAUUGACUGCACUGACUAAAAAUGUAUACCACAGAAUAUCAACAAGUAGUAAUCAGCCAAUCAAACCUGCACCAUCUCGUGAAUAUUCCAGUGAUUCUAAAAAAUUAUCUGCGACACAAUCGACGUAAGGAAAGAACAAUAGUAAAAUCCAAUGAUCUCUGUGAAUCCGUCCUUCAAUUGAAUCUAGCGACUGUUUGCUUAAUCGACAUUUUGCAAAAAAUCUUUGUUUUUGACUUAAUGUUGCUGUAUAUACCGCAAUAUGCAUUUAUAAAUAGAUAUAUCAAUAUACUUAAUUUAAUAACUUCAUUAUGUAAAAUGAAAUGCAAAUUAAAUACAUGCAAAUAUACAA